GAGAAGCUGCGGCCCCGCUACUGGUACUUCGUCGUCGGCGGCUGCGAGGGCCCCCCGCGCGUCGGCCAGUACGGCCGGCGGUCUGGAGCGGCGCAGGAGCCGCUCCCGUCAGGUGACGUCGGCCCGAGGCUGCAGUACCAGAUCCACGCGGUGAACGGCGGCUCCACGCCGAGCGGGGAGGAGGAGUUCUCCUUCGACCACCAGGGGCUGAUCCGGGUGCACCAGGGCGCCGCCGUCGCCUUCGCGCUCGCCCUGCUGGCGUGCCUGUGGACCACGCGACAAAGGCCUGGAGCGCAGGAGGAGGUCUCCACCAAGAGCCACCCCUACAUGCAGCUCGUGCUCUUGUCGUUGAUCUCCUCCCUAUGCUCCGAGCUCUUGGGCUGCGGGUACUAUGUCUCUGUGGCGUCGGACGGUUUCGGCUUCCAGCGCCUCCAGUUUAUCGGGAAGCUGGCAGCCGUGGUCGCCAAUUGCGACAUCUUUCUGAUCACCACGCUUGCUGGACAGCCGCUUGGGCCAGUGAAGGCCGCGAGGCGAUCUUAUGCAACAAGCUCCAACAUCUAG